ACUGGACAAGUGUUUUACGUUUUCUUCAGCAUAACUUAAAAUGGACAUUGUUUUACCCUGUUCUGGAAAGGAGCUGGUAUUUCUACAACUCAUGCUGUCAUGAGGGUGUGAGGGCUGCUGAAGAUGUCCGAUAGUCUGGAUAUUGAAGAGAAACCUCCAGCCCCACCAUUGAGAAUGAACAGCAACAAUCGCGAUUCUUCAGCACUAAACCACAGUUCAAAACCGCUCCCCAUGGCCCCGGAGGAGAAGAACAAGAAAGCCAGGCUUCGCUCCAUCUUCCCAGGAGGAGGGGAUAAAACCAAUAAGAAGAAAGAGAAAGAACGUCCUGAGAUCUCUCUUCCUUCAGACUUUGAACAUACGAUUCAUGUGGGGUUUGAUGCCGUCACUGGAGAAUUCACACCAGAUCUCUAUGGCUCACAGAUGUGCACAGGGAAGCUCCCAGAGGGCAUUCCAGAGCAGUGGGCCAGGCUACUACAGACCUCCAACAUAACAAAACUAGAGCAGAAGAAGAACCCACAAGCAGUUUUAGAUGUCCUCAAAUUUUACGAUUCCAAAGAAACAGUUAACAACCAGAAAUAUAUGAGCUUUACUUCAGGAGAUAAGAGCGCCCAUGGAUACAUAGCAGCCCAUCCUUCGAGCACAAAGACGGCAUCAGAGCCCCCGUUAGCUCCCCCUGUUUCUGAAGAAGAGGAUGAAGAGGAUGAGGAAGAAGAAGAUGACAAUGAACCCCCACCUGUUAUUGCACCACGGCCAGAGCAUACAAAAUCAAUCUACACACGCUCUGUAAUUGAACCUGUCGCUGCACCAGCACCAGCUAAAGAAGCCACCACUCCCCAACCUGAAAACUCGAACACAAACACUUUAUACAGAAAUACGGACCGGCAGCGAAAAAAAUCCAAGAUGACAGAUGAGGAGAUCCUAGAGAAACUGAGAAGCAUUGUGAGCGUGGGAGACCCUAAGAAGAAAUAUACUCGAUUUGAAAAAAUCGGCCAAGGGGCAUCGGGUACAGUAUAUACAGCAAUAGACAUCGCCACCGGACAGGAGGUGGCCAUAAAGCAAAUGAAUCUCCAACAACAGCCCAAAAAGGAAUUAAUUAUUAAUGAAAUCCUGGUCAUGAGGGAAAAUAAGAACCCCAAUAUUGUUAACUAUUUAGACAGCUACCUGGUGGGCGAUGAACUUUGGGUAGUUAUGGAAUACUUGGCAGGAGGCUCUUUAACUGACGUUGUUACAGAGACCUGUAUGGACGAAGGACAGAUAGCAGCUGUCUGCAGGGAGUGCCUGCAAGCGCUGGAUUUCCUGCAUUCAAACCAAGUGAUCCACAGAGACAUCAAGAGCGACAACAUCCUUCUCGGGAUGGAUGGAUCUGUCAAAUUGACUGAUUUUGGGUUCUGCGCUCAGAUCACGCCUGAACAGAGUAAACGGAGCACAAUGGUGGGGACUCCUUACUGGAUGGCACCAGAAGUGGUGACGAGAAAAGCGUACGGCCCCAAAGUUGACAUCUGGUCACUCGGGAUCAUGGCAAUAGAAAUGGUGGAAGGAGAACCUCCUUACCUUAAUGAAAAUCCUCUCAGGGUAAGGUGCGUGAAUGUAGCUGGAAUACAAAUUUUCGAGGACGAUGUCAGUGCCAUUUCCCUUUACGUCAGGAGAGCUGACGUGCCUCAGACACCACGAGCUAAACACGGUGAAAAGAGGCUCUUCAGCUCCCCACUGUGCCCGGUUGCUGAGUCUGCAAAGGAGCUGCUGCAGCAUCCAUUUUUAAAACUAGCCAAGCCUCUCUCCAGCCUGACUCCUCUGAUCAUUGCAGCAAAGGAAGCGAUUAAGAACAGCAGCCGCUAGCACGCCAGGCUGGCCUUCUCCCACGCCAGCUCCCUCCGGAGCAGGACUGAGCAAAAACUCUGUAAAACCUCAACUCUUGUGCUGCAGGACAGAUGGAUGGAUGGACAGACAAACGGUCACAGUCAUGGUGGUAGCAGGGAGGAGGGGAGAACAACUGUUCUCCGGUCCCUCGAGGAACAGAAACUUAUCACCUGUCUUCUUCCUGCUUUCUGGCUCCUUAAUUUAUUUCUAAGAUGAAACAGGGCUUAAGGCAGAGAGGUAAUGACAGAAAAUGCUUUGCUGUCUCAGCCAUUUCCAAGGUAAAGCCAAUUCAGUUGGAAGAGUCCCUUCCGUCUCACUCUGUGAAUAAGCUGUACAUUCACUUUUAAAUUGUCAGUUGUUUCUUAAAGAUGCAAAGUCCCUUUUCUGGGUUUUUUUGGUAUGGUUUGGAAUUGGAGAAGGGUCCUCCUUCAUUCAUAAACUCCAGACUGCGUCGCCUUUUGAAUACAGCCCCGCUGGCUGGUAUUUGCUCAUUUGCGGUACGUCUACGUCUAGCUGAGGAAGAAAGUGAAAUUGCAUUUCCAACCAAAAAUGAAUCAAGAGUGGAGCAGACAAAACGUCCUGUUGCAAUACAGGCUUUCAACUGUGAAUAUAUAGUGUUUCGGUUCUUGACAGUUUGAUUUGUAUAACUAAUUGUAAUAUGUUUGCCUGGGUGAGAGUCUUAUU